ACAGGGUUCAGUGUCGGGGACUUGUUAGAUUGUCUGUGCAUAGUGUGCUACCGUUCUGUCUAAGACAAGUGACGUGUUCUGGAAUACAGUGAGACAAUUUGAGGAUGUGAAGGACCUACUGUCUGUCCAGCCUCGUGUUGACAUAGAGCCAUUAAGUGACCAUGUCGGACGUCGUAUCUACCCAGGGUCUGUCCACGACACACCUGGAUACCGUCCACCAGUACUGAGCAGUAGGCCCGUCGAACAAGAUAACCUCGUUACUGCGUUAAACACCUGGGUAGCUGGUUGUAUGUUUGUGUACGGCCUUGGCUGUCUUAUUGACGGGCAGCUGUCAUAAUGCUCAAAAUCUAGGAUUAUUUGUAUUGAUGGAUAUAUGUCAGUGUACGUAAAACACAUACUUAGAAUGGGGAAAAUUGGACCCGAAUUGUCAAACGAGGAGGAUGAUGUGUUUGAAGAGAGUGACCAUUGUCAUGGUGUUGCCGGGUCCUUGGAUUAUGACGACCACGUCCCUCCCUUGCCCACAAGGAGAAAAACAACUGCCGGUUUGGGUCCAACACUAAUUAGAGGAACAACCCUUGACAGGGACAAACGUCACCGAGCAUCGCUUCCAGCUCAAAUCAGCAGUGAAUACAGCAUACAAAAUGGGAGAUCCCCAGCGAAGCGAAAGAGGGACAGCUUCUUGAAAAGGAGACACAACUCUGCCUCAGCAAUACAGCUAUCAACUGUGUGUAGUAGUGUACCGUCGAGUCUGUCCAGUAUGUCCGAGUGUAAUGAAGAUGGAAAUGGACAUACGGACGACGUUAAUAUCUCAAAUACAAAUGACCCUCAGUCCCAGGCAUUUAUUCGUCUCCAUUCCAGCACAGACGACUCGUCGUCUAAAUGCAGUCGGAAAGGGCGUCCCGUGCACAGCAAUAGUUGUCCCCACAUCGAGACGACGUCUUAUCAAAUGUUUGAUAUCGUGGGCGACGAGUCGGGGAUCAGAUUUCCGUGGCAACGUGAUGCGUCGACGCAGUGUAAUAUUCAAAUAGAACGAGGGAAAUAUGUAAAAUCGAGAAGUGUAGAUGCUUCGUCAUCUUCGAGCUCAAGUCUGACCCCUCCAAACACUCUAUCACUGUCCUAUUUAGACUGUGGAAACAGAGGAGGCCAGGGAAUCGUACGGCCGCAUUCUAUUGGGUGUCUGGAAGGAACAGUUCACGAAGGGGAGAUAGAGAGACUGAGACAGGAGCAGGCUCGUAAGGCAAGGAAAUCAGACUCUUUCCUUCAAGUUUCGCCGAGGUCGCUGAGGAAACGCGCUUCCUUUGCGGUCUCUGACGAACAUGGCUCCGUGUCAGAUCUUGGCUCAAUAUCGGAAAAUCCUGAUAUCGAAGGUCGAGAUUUCAGUUUGGAGGAAAGUCAUAUGGCCGAUCUGUCUUCUGAACUUCGCCGUAUUGCUCUAAAAUCUGCCGAACAAUACCGAGACAUCAACAUCCUUUCGUCGCCUCGGGUGUCACCCACGAUAUUCGAUGGAAGCAAUCAGAGACAUUCCGGGUCUGAUUCGGACGACUGCUCCGGGCCAGAUUCACAGUCCAGGAAAUAUCUUACAAUACCGAGAAAGAACUCUCGUCGACGCUCCUCGCUCAGUCUGACUAGCGUGUCGGAUGAGAGUGAUGUGGAACCGUCACCACCCGUGGCCAGACGAGGGAGGCGCGCUGCCAUUGUUGACACCAAGAACUUUGGCGAUGUCUCCCCGACAACGCUCUCACCGGAAGUAUCCCCUAGCAAUUCCUGUGACGAAGGCGAUAAUGCAAGUAAUAUUGCGGAAAGAUUGCGACGGCGGAGAAGUUCUGUUGACCUCACAAUGAACGUGUACCCCGGGGAUCUUCUAGUGCACGAUCACCAUAAGAAACUUAUGAAGCGAAACACUAUCGCCGACCUGUAUUCACAGAAAAACGGUUCCUCUUCAAGCAUAUCAGAUGAACACAAAAAAGGAAGGCAAUCGUUUUCUCUUCGUAAAUUAAUGAAAACCAGAAGUAAAGAAUCUAUUCCACGUUUAGAAGAUGUUCUUAGUCAAAUGAAACCAUCUGAAUUCCGUGACAACCACUUGUCUGCCUACAAGAACUUACAUUGGUCUGACCUAAUUGCAAGCUCCGAUAAACAGACAGACGCAGUCAAACUACCGGAAGUAGAAAGGAAACGACGUGAAGCAGUAUGGGAACUCUUCAAAAGUGAAUGUGUCUUCCUCAUCGAUCAUCUAAUGGUUCUAAAACAUUGCUUCAUGGAGCCCCUUAAAAAGGUCCAAGUGGAAGGUCAUGUAAUGUUUGCUGAACCACAGGACAUUUUUGGUAAUCUGGACGAACUAUGUUAUGUGAGUUACACGUUUUGUAAAGAUUUUAUAUCGGCCUUACUGAAGGAUAUGAGCUCAACUGACUUCGGAAGUACAAGUGUCUUAAUCAGAGCCUUUGAACGGUUCACAACUCACUCGAGAGAUGGAGGAGUGUACCAUACUUACUGUCUGAACUAUGUGAAUGCCUUGACUUACCUCGAACAGCUGAGACGACACGAAGAUUUCACGGAAUUCGAAAAGUGGUGUACUCAGGAUCCGCGAUGUAACCGUCUCCAGUUGACUGACCUGUUAGUGGCACCAAUGCAACACUGCACCAAAUUCCCUUUAUUGCUCAACAAUAUCAAAAAGUAUACUGAUAACAGCGCCGAGAGGAAUCUGCUCGCCGAGCUCAUAGAGAAAGUGGGCGUGUCUCUACAAAAAAUGGAGGACAAGAUGAAGUGGGCAAAGAAUUACGAACGUCUCCAGGAGAUCCAAGGCCAGCUGGUGUGGCCGUCGGUAGCAGACAUCGACCCCCGGGCCUUCGUGCCUGACUUUCUCAAAACUGCCUUAACUAAACAGCCAUGUGAAAGGAUGAUAUGUAGUCCCAAACGUCAACUUAUACACGAGGGAUAUCUGACGCUUGUAGAGUCCGCCAAAACAUCGGAUGUCUACGUAUUCUUGUUUGAUGACAUCCUACUUAUCACGAGAACAAAGAAACCACAGAGGAAGAAACAUUCCAUCGACAGUAUUCACAUUCGGCUUCAGCAGUCUGGUCAGUCUGAUAAGAUUGUUCACACGGUAUAUAGACAGCCCGUGGCCUUGGACAGACUCAGUGUUCACGAUAUCACCCCAUCUGACGCAACAGCAAAUGGUCUUAAGCAUGCCUUCGUCCUAGUCCAGAUCAGUCGGUACCAACAGAUCAUUGGUGUAUUUACGUUACAGGCUGUUACAGAUUCUCACAAGGCUAUUUGGGUAGACAAGCUGUCACAAGCAAGAGAGAAAUUCAAUUCCGUUCCGGAUAUUUUGGCAAAUCAGUUAUCGCCUGGCGAGGAAGGCGGAGCUCAAGAUGGACUUAUAUCUUCGGACAUUGUCAGGGCAACCAAACAAAACCGUCGAGCGCCGUCGCUCAGAAACCCUCAUGGAAAGUCCUUGUCUAUGGAUGCCGUUUACCUGUGAUCUUUAUGGAUAGAUUUUAUGUUUAUCAUGAUAAUUGGGAAAUCGUUGAGGUACCAUACGGACAUAUGUUAUCCUGAAUCUGUAAUACCAGAUGUGUGAUCUAUGAAUUCCUCAAGUGACAAAACCCAUAAAGAAGUAGAAUUGGCGGGAGAAGAUGGGGGAUAUGGCGAAGUUGUGAUAUUGACAUUUUGUUACACAUCAUUCAGAUAAUGUGAUAACUAGACGUGUUGUGUGGCUGCUGUUUUCAUUGAUUGUUACUCCUUACGGAAUCGUCCAGACAGUCUGUAAUAUUACGGAGCUAUAGUAGGUAUCUCCAAGAUUUGAUAAAAUUAAAAGUGAAUUGUUGUGCUGCAAUAAAUUUCGCGUAAAUUCGCGAUGAAAAAACGCUAAUUCAAACUCUUGCAGAUAUUUAUUCAGAAAAAAAUGAAACACGGAAGAUAAUAUAUGGACAUUCGGUGAAUGGACCUUUCACGAAUCAAAGCGCUUUGAAUUGGACGUCAGAAGAUUAUUUGCAAAAAGUUCACUUAACUAUAGUACGAAGCUUCAGGAAUGUUUCCUAGUUACUGACCUUUUAUACACAAAUACAGUCGCAUAUAUAUUGUAGAAAAGAGAGUUCAGACGAGGACUAUAACAGUUUCCAACAACAUGUCAUUUCAUGCAAUUAUUCUAGUAAAAUCUAGCAAAGAGAAACCGAAAUAUCGACGAUAAAACGUUAACGUUGCAUAAUGCAUCAGUGUUCAUGUUUGUUUUGAUUAUAGUAAAACGAAGAAUAGCAAUAAAAAUGCCUUUCUAUGAAAAGUAUGGAAACUCGUACUCUGUAUGUGGGAACAAGUGAACCAUAUACGUUCUUUAUUUAAAAAAAAAAGAUCGUCGGAGAUCUCAAUCGGAACUGAAAUAUUUUGGUUACCUUUAUAAACUUCAUGGGACGGUAACUAGGAAUUUCAGACUUGUAACGGAGACUGUGGGUUAGAGAUGAUAACAGGUUAUGAAAACCUAGACUUAGCUGUAAACACGUUGAUACGAAAAAUACUACUGUAAAUAGUGUUGUUUUUGCGAGAGAGAUACAAUUUCGCUUUAAUUCGCGAGGAGGCCGAUUUCGCAAACUAACAUCUACCGUGAAUAUUAUUUCCAAGGAUCACUACAGUCAAUAUUGAAACACCAACUUUUCAAUCGCGCCAAUCGCUAAUUGAAGUAUUCCCGAAUAGAAACCUAGAGGCAGAGUUCACGAAAUGAAGAAAACGAAGAAAUAUUGUAGAAAAUGAAACUGUUUGCGCAGAGUUGAAGUUGAAGUUUCAUCCUACCGACAAAAUCAUGAACUGUCCUUAAAAAAUAUUACUUCGAUCUCAAAUGAGUCCACUUAAAUCAAAAGUGCUAUUUAAGUCACAUGUGUUUCCCUUAAGUGGCCUACGGUGUGACAAGAAUGAAAAACUGGCUGGUACAGUGAUAACAUAUAUAUGUAUAUGUAAAUAUAUAUAUUUAUGGAUACGUUUCUUGUUAUAUUUUUGUAUGCUUUCAUUAUGAAGCUGCUGUGUUGAGAGUGAUAGUGUUCAUUGGCAGUGUUGUGAUACAUUUGGGGUGACGUCAUUAAAGCUGCAUGCGAAUUCAAAAACUUUUAGUCGACAUUAAAAAAAAGUUAUAGCUAUUCUGCUUCCUUAGUUAUGAAAGCCGGAAGAGAUAGUCACUGGGGAACAUCGCAAAACCAGAAAAAAAAACAUUUUUUAAUCUCGGUUGAAAGCUUUUCAAUUUGCACUGUUAGCUUUAACUUCGUUACUCUAAGUGAUAAGUUAAUGAUUAUUUAAAUAUUCAUCAAGAUAUUAAUAUACAAUCAUUGGAAAUCCUUUAUACAUCCAGUUAUAUAUUCACUCCAAUGAGUUCAGCUAUUAUGUGAUUAAUAAAACUUGUUAAAUUAUAUUUGUUUUUGCGUUAAAUGUAUUGUAUCUCUGACGUUACAGUUAUAAUUGAAAUAAUGUUUUGUGGGUGUGCUACAC